AUGUCAACCUAUCACCACAGGCUCAUGGACCAGCUGCGUUUGUUCCCACCUCUGGGAACGCCUGGAUCGUGCCAACCGCAGUUCCCUCUACCAGCGUCCUCGUCGCCUCUGCCGCCUCUCAGUGAUGAUGUCAAACAUUCAAUGGUGGUAGCCCGGGAUUGCCUGCAAAGAGUUUGGAGUCGGCUCUAUGACCCGAUGACCUUCAAGUGCAGCAUCAUUGGAGGCAGCAAGCCCAAAGUGGCAACCCCAUCUGUGGUGACCAAAAUUGAGCAGCUAAAAACGACAACCCGACCAUGUGUGUGUAGCGAGAGCCACGUUCCCAGUGUCAGCUCAAUCAACAGGAUUCUCAGAAACAGGGCUGCUGAACGGGCAGCCUGCGAGUACGCCAGAAUUGCCUCGCAUGUCCUGCGGCCCCUGUACACGUGGUGGCCUGCCCCCUCGCCGCUAGCGCCGCCUGCUCACCUCCCAGCAUCCGCUCUGGUGACGCCCACCGGGAUGGACAUCUCCCAUCUGCUGCCAGCUCGGCCAUUGUCCACUCAUGCGCCUUUAACGGUAGAUCCACAGCAGCAGAUGACCAACGCUUGGCCACGCAACAUAGACUUGACUUGGUCCAGCCUUGACGAUAGCCGAGACAACGAU